AUGACGUCUUUAAACAAGAGGGGAUCAUUAAACACAUCACUAAAAAAUGCCAGAAUCUUUGACGAUGAUUCAUGGGAUGCAACUCAACUGAAAAAUGAAGAAGAACCAUGGAUAGAAAAACCCAUAAAAAAAGAAACGCUUUCACCUGCAUUUAAAAUUAAAAGCGAGCCAGAGGAUUCAAAUUCUCCUUUCAACAAGAAAUUGUUCGAAAAUUUCAACAUUAAGCAGGAAUCAAUAUCACCAUUUACUACACCUAUAAAAACCGAGAUAAAAACAGAACCCAAAGAAGAAGCCAUAGAAGCUUGUACUUCACAGGAUGACUCUGAAAAUGCCAAUGAUACAGAACUAUUUGAACAAUGUUCAGGACCAAGGAGGAGUCCACGAAAAUCUAUCAGGGAUAGAUUAGGACCACCAGUUGACACAAGGGAAAAUAAAGCCAGAAAAAGUGCAAAAAGGACAGUCUUUGAAAGAGAAUCGCCUUACAAAAGGAAUGAAGGCAAUGCCACAAAAUCUUAUUUAAAAGAAAAACCACAAAUAAAUAAGAGACCUGAACUAAUGGAAGUUCAAGCAAAGAAACCAAAAAAAUCCGUGAAUUUGGAGUCUGAUGUUGAGGUUCUAAAAAGACGGCAAAAGCAAAUUGACUUUGGUAAAAACACUUUGGGAUAUGAAGCUUAUCUUGAGAUGGUGCCAAGAGGUUCAAGGUCAAGUGAAGAUCCCCAAACCCCUAAUAAAAAUGUCAAAUAUUCUCGAAGAGCCUGGGAUGGAUUAAUAAAACAAUGGAGGGUUAGAUUGCAUAAAUAUGACCCAGCCGACAAUGAAUAA